GGUAUGUGUGAUGCGCUCUGUGCGGUGGGGAAGGCUGGAGAUAAGCGCUUUAACAUGAAGAGCAGAUAAACAUAAUAAAGAAACGAAAAUACGUGCUAUUUCUACAUAAAGUCGGUGACAGACAAACGAAUGUGAAAAUAUUUCAGCUGCUGGAUCUUCAGGCUUUCCUAAGACAUCACAAUAAUUACGCCGGCAGAGGGGCUUAACUUGUUUUCCCGGGACCGAGCUUUACAGUACGACUGCUCCAAGAAAAGAGGGUUUUUAUAUUCCGAAGCGAAAGGCAAAUAAGAUAAAAGUCGUUGGGGAGCGAACUGAAUUGCUAUGACGGACGGAAGGAGGCGGUGGGCCUGCUCGCGCUUCGGCCGCGGUCUGUCCGGCGCAGCUGCCCCCGGAGCGCCGCCGCCGCAGCACCGAAACGCGUUGCUCAUCUCCGCGCUUCUCUUCUUUUUCGGACCCAUGUCUUCCACCGAGGCCAAGGAAUGCGACAAGCCGUGUCUGAACGGCCAGUGCAACCCGGGUGGCGGCAACUGCGUGUGCGAGCCCGGCUGGGUCGGGGACCAGUGCCAGCACUGCGGGGGACGCUUCAGGUUGACAGGCCCAUCUGGGUUUCUGACUGACGGGCCGGGAAACUACAAGUACAAGACCAAGUGCACGUGGCUGAUUGAGGGACAGCCCAACACCAUCCUCAGACUGCGCUUCAACCACUUUGCCACAGAAUGCAGCUGGGAUCACCUCUAUGUGUAUGAUGGGGACUCCAUCUACGCCCCUCUGCUGGCCGCCUUCAGCGGCCUGAUCGUGCCAGAGCGCUAUUCCAACGAGACUCUCCCGGAGGUGGUUUCCCAAUCCGGCUACGCCCUGCUGCACUUCUUCAGCGACGCAGCCUACAAUCUCACUGGCUUCAACAUCUCUUACAGAAUCAACACCUGCCCCAACAACUGCUCGGACCGGGGGGAGUGCCGGCCGGCCAACGGCAGCGCGGGGGUGUACUGCGAGUGCGCAGAGCAGUGGAAGGGCGAGGCCUGCGACAUCCCCUCCUGCCUGGGCCAGUGUGGCUUCCCGGAGUGGGGACAGUGCCAGGCCAAUAGCAGCCGCAGCUGUCUCUGCCGCCGCGAAUGGCAAGGUCCCGAUUGUUCCAUCCCUGUGCCCGCUAAUCGAUCCUUCUGGACCCAUGAGGACUAUUCCGGAGACAGUUUGGCCCGCGCCUCCCACAAGGCCGUGGUCGAUGAGGACACCAUGUGGGUCAUUGGCGGAUACGUGUUCAACUACUCUGACUACAAAAUGGUGAAAGCGUACAACUUGACCUCCCAGUUGUGGUUGACUCUGAACCGCUCCGUGGAUGCAGUCACAGCACGCUAUGGCCAUUCCCUAGCUCUGCAUGAGCACAAGAUCUACAUGUACGGAGGCAAGAUAGACUCCACAGGCAACAUCACCAACCAGCUGUGGGUCUUCCACAUCCAUAACCAGUCCUGGGUGCUGGCCAGUCCACGGGCCAAGGAGCAGUAUGCUGUAGUGGGUCAGUCGGCCCACGUGGUGCGACUGGCCCAGGACAGCUCCGUCAUGCUAGUCAUCUUCGGUCACUGCCCUCUCUACGGCUACAUCAGCAAGGUGCAGGAGUACAACAUCGCCACCAACACCUGGAGCAUCCUGAAGACCAACGGGGCACUAGUGCAGGGGGGGUACGGCCACAGUAGUGUAUAUGACCCCAAUACCAGCGCCAUCUACAUUCACGGUGGCUACAAGGCCUUCAGUGCCAACAAGUACGGGCUGGCUGACGACCUGUACAAGUACGAAGUGGACACCAGGAUGUGGACCAUCCUGAAAGACAGCGGCUUCUUCCGCUACCUGCACACAGCCAUCAUCGUGAGCGGCACCAUGCUGGUGUUUGGCGGGAACACGCACAAUGACACAUCCAUGAGCCAUGGGGCCAAGUGCUUCUCCUCCGACUUCAUGGCCUACGACCUGGCUUGUGAUGAAUGGUCAGUACUGCCUCGACCAGACCUCUACCACGAUGUCAACCGCUUUGGUCACUCUGCAGUUUACAGCAAUGGCAUCAUGUACAUCUUUGGGGGCUUUAACAGCCUGCUGCUGAGCGACGUGCUCACGUUCACCCCGGCGAGCUGCUCCGCCUUCUCCAGCGAGACGUCCUGCGGCUCUGCCUGGCCGGGAAUCCGAUGCCUGUGGAACAGCAGCCAGAGCACCUGUCUGCCCUGGGAGGCUGCCAGCCCCCACCAGGAGCGUCUGGUGCUGUCCUCCUGCCCCCGCAAAGCAUAUGCCGACAACGAGAAGUGUGACUCGUACACAGACUGCUACAGCUGCACGGCUAAUACCAACGGCUGCCAGUGGUGUGCUGACCAGUGCAUCUCCAUGAGCAGCAACUGCACCACUGUCACGGGAGUAAUUGCGGAGUAUGAGAUGUGCCCCAAGGACAACCCUGAGUAUGUCUGCAACAAGAAGACAAGCUGUAAGAGCUGCGCCAUGGACCAGAACUGUCAGUGGGAGCCUCGCAACCAGGAGUGCAUCGCCCUGCCCGAGAACAUCUGUGGGGAGAGCUGGCACUUGGUCGGAAACUCCUGUCUGAAGUUCAUCACGGCGAAGGACUCGUACGACAACGCCAAGCUGACCUGCCGCAGCCACAACGCCGUCCUGGCCUCCCUCACCACACAGAAGAAGGUGGAGUUUGUGCUGAAGGAACUGCAGAUCAUGACCGUCCUGUACAAGGCCACGGUGACUCCCUGGGUGGGCCUGAGGAAGAUAAACAUCUCAUACUGGUGCUGGGAGGACAUGUCUCCCUUCACGAACACGUCCCUGCAGUGGCUGCCUGGCGAGCCCAGCGACGCUGGCUUCUGCGGCUACCUGGCCGAGCCAGCCUCCAGCGGCCUCAAGGCGGCCACCUGCGUCAACUCUGUCAACGGCAGCCUGUGCGAGCGUCCAGCCAAUCACAGUGCCAAACAGUGCCGCACGCCUUGCGCCCUGCGCACCACCUGCAGCGAGUGCACCAGCAGCAGCUCCGAGUGCAUGUGGUGCAGUAACAUGCGCCAGUGCGUGGACUCCAACGCCUACGUGGCCUCCUUCCCCUUCGGACAGUGCAUGGAGUGGUACACCAUGAACAGCUGCCCACCGGAAAACUGCUCUGGCUAUCGGACCUGCGGCCAGUGUCUGGACCAGCCGGGCUGUGGGUGGUGCACUGACCCCAGCAACACGGGGAGGGGCCAGUGCAUCGAGGGCUCCUAUCGUGGGCCGGUGCAGACUCCCAGCCCCGCCUCCUACCAUGAGCCAGCCCUCAACCUCACCAUGUGCCAGCAGGAGAACAGGUUCAAUUGGUCCUUCAUCCAUUGCCCUGUGUGUCAGUGUAACGGACACAGUAGGUGUGUCAACGAGAGUGUGUGUGAGAAGUGCGAGGACUUAACCACGGGGAAGCACUGCGAGAGCUGUAUCUCCGGUUACUAUGGCGACCCCACCAACGGGGGCACCUGCCAACCCUGCAAGUGUAACGGACAUGCCAGCAUGUGUAACCCCAGCAACGGGAAGUGUUUCUGCACUACAAAAGGCAUCAAAGGAGACCGCUGCCACCUGUGUGAGGUAGAGAACCGUUACCAGGGUAACCCGCUUAAAGGGACAUGCUACUAUACCCUGCUCAUUGACUACCAGUUCACCUUCAGCCUGUCACAGGAGGAUGACCGGUACUACACUGCCAUCAACUUUGUUGCCACACCUGAGGAGCAAAAUCGGGACCUAGACAUGUUCAUCAAUGCUUCAAAGAAUUUCAACCUAAACAUUACUUGGGCCACCAGUUUUGCAGCGGGAACCCAAGCUGGAGAAGAGAUCCCCAUUGUGUCUAGGAGUAACAUCAAGGAAUUCAAGGACAGUUUCUCCAAUGAGAAGUUUGACUUUCGCAACAAUCCAAACAUCACGUUCUUUGUAUAUGUCAGCAACUUUACUUGGCCAAUAAAGAUACAGAUCGCCUUCUCCCAGCACAGUAACUUCAUGGACCUAGUACAGUUUUUUGUCACCUUCUUCAGCUGCUUCCUGUCCCUGCUGUUGGUGGCCGCCGUGGUGUGGAAGAUCAAGCAGAGCUGCUGGGCGUCGCGCCGCAGAGAGCAACUCCUGCGCGAGAUGCAGCAGAUGGCCAGCCGGCCCUUUGCCACCAUCAACGUCGCCUUGGAAACAGACGAGGAACCACCUGACCUUAUCGGAGGCAGUAUUAAGACGGUGCCCAAGCCCAUCGCCAUGGAGCCCUGCUUCGGGAACAGAGCGGCUGUGCUGUCCAUCUUUGUGCGGCUGCCCAGGGGCUCUGGAGGCAUCCCGCCUCCGGGACAAUCAGGGCUGGCGGUGGCCAGCUCCCUGGUGGACGUGUCCCAGCAGAUGUGCGUCGCCUAUAAGGAGAAGUCUGGGGCCGUGCGGAAUCGCAAGCACCAGCCCCCCGCACAGCCGGCCACCUGUAUCUGAUCCCAUGCACCCGGCCGAGUCGCGAGCCAAGGACUGGGGAGGGGCCCGGGGAUCCAUGGGGGAAGACGUGCACUUCCGGGGGAGGAGCCCGAGGAAGGACGCGGCAGGGGUGGACAUCGCUGAACUCAGUCCUGGCAAUAACCGACCUCAAGUGGGGAGCCGCAAUUUCAUCCCCAGCCGACGGACGAUAGAGAUGCUCUCAGAGACGAGGGCGCGCCACGUGGGACAGAUGGAGGUGCGCAAUGGCUGCCAUGCGGAUCACGCUUGACGCCUGCACCCCUCCCGCUCUCUUCUUCCCUUCAUCACCCUGCAGCUGCUGUUUUCCCAUCCAGUCAUUAUAUCUACAUUUUCUUUUAUAUGGUUUUUAGACAUGUGUCUGAUUUCUGAUGUCCCGUGUACCAGAAGGGAGCCCUGUACACAGUCACUGGUUUGAGCUCAUUAUGGAAGACAAUGCACAGUGUGUAGCAGCUCCUUGCCGCAUGGGGGAGGGGGGGGGGCGGGGGGGUCCCAUCAGUCUCUCUGCUCACAUAAGUCUUCACCAGCAUAAGCUAAUAGAUAAGUUUGUUUUCUCUGAAUCCCACAGGUGAUUGGGUGGCUAUUCUUGUUCCCUGUCUUAUGAUGAAGAGACAGUGGGGUCACGGCCAUACUAUGUCGGAUUGGCCAUAAUCGUGAUGGGUGGUGAUGAGGCUAACGCAGGGCAUGGGAGAUUACAUUUCAGGUGUCCCGGAACACAUCUCCCCCUGAUGUGUGAACACAGCUAUGGGGCAGACUAAGUCUUCUUUAAUCUGGAAUGUUUGUGUUAAGCGGCUUAUGUUGUAUUAGCCAAAUUUUGCUUUUAACCAUCUUAGUUCAGAAGGGGGAAAUGAUGAUGUCGUGUCAGCCACGUCUGGAAUUGAGGGGUAGGGUGUCCCAUGAUCGCUGCAUGGGGGGGGGGCUAUAAUGUUACAGGAGAUGUACCUGAAGGUGAAGUAUCCUCUCCCAGGUAAUGGGGUCAAACAGUGAAGAAGCCACAAGCAUGACUAUACCGAGAGUCCCUUUAUUUCUGGAAGCGUUUGCUUUUAUCUCUGGGAUUGUUGUCUCCCAAUCGGGAGUCACAGCCCAUUUUAAUGAGUUUUACCUCAGUCAGAACAGGCUGGGGGGAAACAAAAUUGAUGUGUUUAUUCUUCUGUUUCCAGACAGUCUUUUAGGUUCCAAGACGACUGCCGCUAGUUAUAAAACUUUUAAAUCGUCAGCAACAAUUUGCUCAAAGGAGAAAAUUGAGACUUUCCGAGGAGGGAAGAACUAAAGAAAAUGUUUUUGUGUUUUGUUCCUUCUGUGUUUGAACACAUACUUUGUCCCUUGGAAUGCGCCGCUUAUCCGGAGAGUACAGUGGCUCAGUAUUACAUCACUCUAAGCUUUUGGCAUUCUGUUCCAUCAAAUAGAGUCCUUUCAAAACAAGGGAGCCCCCCCCAGAAAAAAAAAAUACACAAAUCACAUGUAUAUGUUUGAAUGGAAAAAAAAUCCUCCCCAAUACACACUUAUGCUGCUGACCCAGUGAGGUCACAUGACGCUGGCUGUCAGCGCGCUUUGCGUCUCCGAGGAUCGUCUCCAUAUCGCUCGUACGCAGGACACGCGUGACCGAUUCCUCGCUGGUUAGCGGGACCCCUGAACAGGCACGGCCAAGGCUUCUAACGCAUGCUGCACAGGUGCUGUUUGUAUGUUUCAGUGCUGAAUAGAGCAGUUGUGCUUGUAUUUUAGACAAAGGCAUGUGUUUGUCUGUGUAUUCACCUUCAUGUCCACCCACCCAAAGGGGCUCCCACCCCCAGAGCUCGACUUGUCACUCACCUUGAUCCUCCCUUGGACUCCACAGCACCUCCCAUCUCUCCCCGCGAAACGCCACUGUAGACGUGGAAGACGUAGUUUGUCAAUAUGUAAACAAAAAAAAAUUAGCAUCGAUUGCACUCUUCUCUUUUUUGUAAAUAUGGAGAAAGUAUUGUAAACUAUUUCUUUGCCAUGGGGAAAAUGUUGUGAAGGAGAUGAGCAUAAGCUCAUGGAACGUCUGUCAAUAACAUUUUUGUAUUGUAAAAUAACUUAUUUAAACAAGCUUAGGCAUGGAUGACAGCAUAAUGUAAAGGACAGGUUUAACAAAAGCCAUGUCGCUACAUGGAAAUCUAUGAAUGUUAUAGAAUUUUGGGUCUGUAAUAAAUCGGUAAAAAUCCAAAUUGGAUUGUAUAUAUUUUUAUUUUAUGUUUAACUUCCUUUGUUUAGCACUGGAUCAGUUUCUCACAAACUCAAAAGCUGAUAAUCAAAUAUAUAUAUAUAUAUAUACACAUUGAUAAUUAGCAGCCAGAGGCUAAAUAUAGAAUGAAGCACUAUAUCUAGUGUCUGGUUUUAGCAUUGAUACUGUCUGCUAUACUAGAGGUAUUGUUAUGUAAGCUACAGAUUUAUUCCAGUUUUGUAAUACUUUUCAGUUUAAUUUGGUUUAAUAUUCCUCAAGAUAUUAGAGAUAAAACUAUGGAAUGAAAAAACAAAAUAAUUACAUGCACUAAUGAUUACGGCUGUAAUAAUUUUUGACUUUUUGAUUGUCAGUUGAUAAUGCAAUAGCAUACAUAAUGGAAUGGACCAUAUUACUGUCAUGCAAAUAUAACAUGAUCCAAAUUCUUUGAGAA